AUGUCGAGGCUUCUUGAUAAAGCCAUCACGGCUUUUAAGCACCGUCUACCGGUGUUUUAUCAACAAUGCAGGCCUUUAGUUGAUCCUUUGAUAUCGCUCCUCGUCGAAAGAAUAUACCUCGACAUCGGUAGUGCUGACCUCCCUCGUUGGAGAGAUAAAGAAGACGAACAGCAGACAGAACUCCGAAACAAGAUUGUUGGGCGUCUGAUGGACGAGAUGCGGCAGAUGCAUAACGAGGAAGUCCAGUUUGACGAUGAUUACGAGAACGAUAUCUUUACCAUUGUUCUGUACUGGUAUCUGAAGGACAACUCAGCGAAAUUUCUUCGACAAAGAAAGCCGCCGCAAGACAAUAAAUGGCCCACGGCUCUCUUCUGGGGAUUUGAGAGACGCUCUCCCCGGUCAAUCCCUCAUACCGCCGAUCGAGCUUUAGAGUACUGUUCGCCACUUGCCCCUGUUUUUAUCAGACGUGAAUCACACUUCGCGCCUAAUUCAUUCUACGGAGAAAGAGAUGUGAGUAACGAGUCUUGCCUAAAGGUUAGAUUAUCUCUCUCACAAUCCCAACAACUGCCACGACGUUCGAUGGUGAGAUUUCAAGAUGGUCGAAAAAUCAUGGAAAUAACUGAUCCGGAUGCUCUUCCCGAACAUGCUGUUUCUGAAACUUACCUUCGAGAGUUUGAACUGGAUGAUCUUCUUUCUUAG